AUGUUUCUCAAACUCAUAACUCUUCUUCUCUUGGCCAUCACCAGCCAGCUCGCGGCCUCGGGCCCGACGCAACAGCUGAGCAAACGAGCUUCCUUGACGCAGGUGACAAACUUUGGCGAGAAUGCGUCCGGAACGCUAAUGUACAUCUAUGUGCCGAACAACUUGGCGACAAACCCAGCAAUCGUGGUAGCCAUCCACUACUGCACAGGGACGGCGUCGGCUUACUACACUAAUACGCCGUACGCGACCUUGGCUGAGCAGUAUGGCUUCAUUGUCAUUUACCCGCAAUCUCCCUACUCGGGCACCUGCUGGGACGUGAGCUCGGCGGCGGCGCUGACGCACGACGGGGGCGCCGACAGCGAGUCGAUUGCCAACAUGGUCACCUACACCAUCUCGACGUACGGCGCGGACGCAUCCCGAGUCUUUGUCACAGGGUCCAGCAGCGGUGCCAUGAUGACCAAUGUCCUGGCGGCCACGUACCCCGAAAUGUUUGCCGCGGGCGUGGCCUACUCGGGCGUUCCCGCCGGCUGCUUCUACACGGGCACCGUCGACGGGUGGAACAGCACGUGCUCGCAGGGCCAGGUGGUCGAGUCGCAGGCCUACUGGACCAGCGUCGUCGAAAACAUGUACCCGGGCUACCAAGGGGCGCGCCCGCGCAUGCGCAUCCACCACGGCUCCGUCGACACGACGCUGCUGCCGCAAAACUACAAUGAGACCAUCAAGCAGUGGACGGGCGUCUUUGGCUACAGCGACACGCCCCAGCAGACCCUCCCCAACGACCCGGCCAGCCCGUAUACGAGGUACAUUUACGGCGAAAAUGUCGAGGGUGUCUAUGGAACUGGUAUCGGACAUACAGCUGCGAUCUUUGGUGAUGCUGAUAUGGAAUGGUUCGGAAUCGCAUAA